CUGCUCUCCGCGAGAUAAACACCACAAUGUUGUCGACUGCUAUGUUCGCCGUGCAGCUCCUCUAAAAACACAGCCGAGCUGAAUACGUUUAUCUGGGUCUUGUGUGUGGAGUGAGUUUUAAAAGAGCGAAGAAGCGAGCCGCAGCCAUUGCGAUGCCUCUGCUGUUUUUGGAGAGGUUUCCAUGGCCCAGCCUGCAGACCUACACGGCACUGAGUGUGGCUUUGCUCGCUGGCAGCAUCUUCAGUGCCUACACCACUGUCACGACUGACCCGGGCUUCGGGGCUUUGGAAACGGAUGAUGCACCAGCAGCUCCCUCUGAAGCUGACCUCGAACAUCUAAAACAUCAUGCUAUUGGUAACACAGAACUGGCAAGGACUGUCCUGUGGUAUCUUGUCACCGACAGUCUUUUUGUAUGGGUGCUGGUCAACACCUUCUGCUGUUCUUUAAUGUUAGUUGCAAAAAUGAUUCAGUAUGUGGUGUUUGGUCCUCUUAGAGUCAGUGAAAAGCAGCAUCUCAAGGAUAAAUUCUGGAACUUCAUCUUCUACAAGUUCAUUUUCAUAUUUGGAGUACUGAACGUGCAGACAGUGGAGGAGGUGGUCAUGUGGUGUUUGUGGUUCUCAGCCCUGGUCUUUCUCCAUCUCAUGGUCCAGCUCUGCAAAGACCGCUUUGAAUAUCUUUCCUUCUCCCCUUCAACUCCAAUGAACAGCCAUGUCAGAGUACUUUGUCUGCUAGUCUCCCUGCUCCUGGACUGCUGUGGCCUGGCUGUGGUCUGCGGGCUCCUGGGAGCUUCUCAUGGCAUGCACACCCUGUCUUUUAUGGCAGCAGAGUGUUUGUUGGUGACAGUACGCACCGGCCAUGUCAUUAUGAGGUACUCCAUCCAUCUGUGGGAUUUGAACCAUCCUGGAACAUGGGAGAGCAAGGGCACAUAUGUCUACUAUACAGACUUCAUAAUGGAGCUGGCUAUGCUCUUUCUGGACCUCAUGCACCAUAUCCACAUGCUGCUUUUUGGUAACAUCUGGCUGUCCAUGGCGAGCUUGGUUAUCUUUAUGCAGCUGCGAUAUCUUUUCCACGAAGUCCAGCGUCGCAUCCGAAGACACAAGAACUACCUGCGUGUCAUCAACAACAUGGAGGCCAGAUUUUCUGUUGCUACUGCAGAAGAGCUCGCAGCCAAUAAUGAUGAUUGUGCCAUCUGCUGGGAUGCCAUGUUGAUAGCACGCAAACUUCCAUGUGGUCAUCUUUUCCACAACUCCUGUUUGCGCUCUUGGCUGGAGCAAGACACGUCAUGUCCUACGUGUCGAACAUCCCUGAACAUUAAUGGAGACGGGGUUCAGGUCAGAGGUCAGCAGCAGGGCGGUGGUUUGGAAGAUAAUAUUGGCCCAGCUGGAGCUGCUCCAGACGCAAGACCACACAUCAACCAACACAAUCACUUCUUCCACUUUGAUGGAUCUCGUAUUGCCAGCUGGCUGCCCAGUUUUUCAGUGGAAGUGAUGCACACUACUAAUAUUUUGGGUAUCGCUCAGGCCAACAACUCUCAGCUUACAGCCAUGGCCCAUCAGAUUCAGGAGAUGUUCCCUCAGGUGCCUUCCUACCUGGUAAUGCAGGACCUGCAACUGACCCGCUCUGUAGAGGUCACCACCGACAACAUUUUGGAGGGGCGGAUCCAGGUGCCCUUUCCUCCACAGGCCAUUGAACGUGGUCCUCUACAGGUGGGUCCUGCACCAGAUGAGGAUGCAGGUCCCAGUGGAGAUGCUGAGCAGAACCUCGAUGAGUCCGAUAACAUGGAGGUCCGAGGUGGUCGCUUUUCCAAGUCUGCUGAGGAGAGGCAGAACAUGCUAAAGCAGAGGAAAGAAGAGAUGCUUCAGCAUGCACGCAGGAGGUUUCUGAACAAGACUGAAGAGAAUCAGGAGGAGGAUUUGCCCAGAUUGGAGGAGGACUCUGCGGCAGAACUGACCUUAACAAUGCUGAGACGUACAACCAUGGCAGAAGCUGUGGAGAGACGCAUGCAGAAUCAACAAGAACCUACGCCCUGAUUCUACAGAUCAGCUUUAUCAGGAGACUGGACCACCUCACCAUCCCAUGAGGCAACAAGAGCUCUAUUACAACCUUCCCCAUUUGAUUUAGUCAUUGGUCAUCAUCUAUUCAAAACCGUAAUUAAAAAAGUAGCAAACAUGGCCUGUGGACUGUUUUGGGCUGCCUGAAGAAGGUGAGACUGGUGAAAGUGGCCUCUCCAUCACUAAUUCCGUUUUGAGUAUUUGGAGCGUUAUAUAUAAAUGAAUGGGUAGAUGCAGGUCAGGACUUGCACGGUUGCAUUGCCCAUUGUUCCAGUGCCACACUUUGCAACCACCAGCUUAGACAGUAUCUGUCAAAAAUUUGGAUUUGCUCAAAUGUCUUUGCAUGUUUUGCAUUCAGAAACUAAUACAAAAAAAUCUAUAUUUUACAUGAAGUGUUAGGAGGUAUCAUUUAAGCUACUACAAGUUUUUUUUUCCCUCUUACUACGUCUGGUCACUUGUUUUGCUCAUGGCUGAAAACUGUAUCCCAGAUGAAGGUCAUCUGGUAUCUCAGUGUGUUAAAAGUUUCAACUGUGAAUUGAAUAGCAAGAUGUUUUUUUCUUACUAUGGAGUAAGAGAAUGUCACUUUAAUAUUGGUCAGCCUUUCAGUCAGCCAUGAAUGUCUCUAUGAAAAUAAUGCUGCAAAGUGUUUUUGACCUGCAUUGUUCUUUUUUUUUCCUCUCCUGUCGAGUGUGUUCUGUCACCCAUCUCAGACAAGAGAUACUUUGGCAAGAAAUUGGGAUGGAUUACAUUUUCUACUUGUACACUGUAGGUUUACCUCAGCUUUCCUGUUUUUAUUUACCCUUUACAAAUGAGCAGUCAAUUAUUUAUGUAAUUUUAAUAAAAAAAACUUCUGCUGGGGGUUCAAAUCAGGUCAAAAUGUUAUUUAAAAUGGCUCAAGUUUGCAGUGGUUUCACUUGCUGUUUGUAUUUUUUAUUUUAUUAUUUUUGGAUGACAUGAGGCUUCAUCAGUUUUUCUGUGCUUCAACUGGAAAUGGCACGUUUCAAAAAUAAUUUGAAAAACAUAUCUAGCAAACGUGGUUAAAUUGGACUAUGAGGCUCUUUAUUUUCUACAAGAAGAAUGAUUUGGAAUCGAUGAAGAACUUUUCGAAUUUGUGCGGCCUUUAUGUAAAGUGCUAAUAGUAAAAUCCUAACAGUGGCGAACGUGCUCCAAUACUUUAUUUUGUUAAAGUACAGCACUGGAUAACAACUUAUUUUUUUCUUUUAGUGUUUUUAAUUUGUCAAAUUUCACUGAAUCUGUUGCUGAUUGAGACAUAUCAAUGUACACAAAGUGGAGACUAUUAAAGUUUGCUAUCAUUACAGCACAAAGGAUAGAGUGGGUGAGUCAUGCAUUAAAUGUAAAGAACUGUUUUUGUAUCCAACAGAUCCCACCAACUUCCACUAAAAACUGAAGUGUUGUCUUUAUUGUGUUUUUUCUUUUUAGUGCUCGGACUUUGUUUCGGAGUGCUAUAUGAAGUUAUAUAUUUUAAAUUUACAUUUUUAAAAAUGUGUAAAAAACAGCUUUUUUUCAGUUGCAGCUUAUUUUACUUGACAAUUUAAACAAUUCAUAUUUUCUUGGUCAUGGUUUACUUUUCAGAACUUUCACGUAUUUUACGUACUUUUUUCUUUUCUUUUUUCUUGACUGAGCUUUCAAGUAUUUUGUGCCUAAAUCGAAGAAGGUUUAGACCACAAUCUCUGUAAAUCAAGCUUUUUUGUAAAAUAUGUUGAUAUGAAAGACUCAAUAAACGGAGCUUCUUGGGCUUUCUAA